AUGAAUGGGACUUUCUUUAACCAGACUGUCCUGGAUCAAGGGUCUUACAACAACUCAUCCCAGGGACUUGGAUCUUUGAUUGGAUGUUGCAAUGGGACCAGGGCAGUCAUCACAAAUGAUGGGGGCUCUCUUGUCCUAACUCCAGAUGAGAGAAGCAUGUUCAUCACCAGGGUGGUCCAGAUAGCUGUCCUGUGUGUCCUGUCCCUCACAGUCAUAUUUGGCAUAUUCUUCCUUGGUUGCAACUUGCUCAUCAAGUCUGAAAGUAUGAUAAAUUUCUUGGUGAAGGACAGAAGGCCAUCAAAAGAUGUCGGCGCUGUGAUUCUGGGUCUCUACUGA